AUGCAGUGUGCCUCCACCAACAGCCGCGCCGUGCUGGGCAACCGAGACGUGGUGGGCACGACGCCCUGGUGGUCCGUGUGGAGCCAUGACUUCUGGGGCAACCCGCUCUCCCGCCGGGGCUCUCACGGCUCCUGGAGGCCGCUCACCACCCUCUCCUUCAGGAUGAAUGUGGUGCUGGCCCGCGCUCUCACCCGCGACUACGACCUGCCGGGGGGCGAGGGCGGCCCCUCGGCAGUGCCACCCCCGCCCACAGUGCCGCCCGCGCCCCCCACACUGCCGCCCUCAUCAGUGCCAAGCCCGGCUGUGCCUUCCCUCACUCCCUCGCUCAAAGCCGGCUUCUCGGCUUCCACCUUCCACGUGGUCAAUGUGCUCCUACACGCUGCCGUCACCGCCGCCUACGUGGGCGUGUUGCAGUGCGUCGGAGUAGGGGCGUGGGCGUGCCUUGGGGCCGGGUCACUCUUCGCCGCCCACCCCGUGCACGUGGAAGCCGUGGCGGGCGUGGUAGGACGGGCGGAGCUCCUAGCCGCCCUCGCCUUCUGCCUCGCCCUGGCCGCCUACAUCAGGUAUCUCCGUGGGCGUGCCACGGGGCGGGCGUGGGCGCGGAGACUCGGCAACUGCGGCCACGGGUGCGUGUGCUGGGAGGACAACCACGCCUCUAAAGCCCUCCCCUGCGCCACCAUCUGCUGGGGCUCCAAGGGCAGAUGGGCGGUGCCGUCGUGGGCGUGGCUGGUGCUGAGCGUGGCAGGCGCGGGCGUGGCCAUGGCCUGCAAGGAGCAGGGCGUCACGGCCCUGGGAGUAGGUCUACUGCUGCAGGCCGCCGCUGUCCUCACUAUCACGCCCAGGAAUAAGUCUGUGGUGCAGGCGCUGGUGCGGGAGCUGUGGCCGGGUAGCGUGAGCACUCUGGCGCUGGUGUGGGCGCGUGUCAGCCUCGCCCCCCACACGCCCACCUUCACCCACGCCGACAACCCGGCCGCCCACGCCCCCUCGGUGCUGACCCGCGCCCUCAGCAUCGCCCGAGGGUGGGCGGUGCACGGGCGGCUCCUGGUGUGGCCUGCCACCCUCUCCUUCGACUGGUCGAUGGGCUCCGUGCCUCUGGUCACGUGCCUGAGCGACCCUGCCAACCUGGAGACUGCCGUGCUGCUGGCGUCCGUGGCGGCCGUGGCUGGCACGGCUGCCACGGCCUGCUGGAGGGCGCGCCACCACCUCACCCUCACCACAAAGAUGUACACAUAUCACAGCCAGCACGCCUACCACGACGUGCUCAACAACAACGUGCAGCACGGCGACGUGCCGUACCCGGCGUACCCACUCCGCCGCCCGCCGUGCUGGCACCCGAGUCCCCUGGUGCUGGUGCUGGCGUGGGGCCUGCUCGUCCUGCCCUUCCUCCCGGCCUCCAACCUGGCCGCCUACGUGGGCUUCGUGGUGGCCGAGCGAGUGCUGUACCUCCCCUCCAUGGGCGCCUGUCUCCUGGUGGCACUGGGGUGCCAGUCUCUCUGGCGCGCCACAACCACACCCAAAUGGCAUCGAACAGGCGAGUCACGCAGUAAAAGCAGAGUGUGCAGGAGUCGCGGGUGGCGUGCGGUGGUGGCGGGGGCGUGUGUGGGCCUCCUGCUCCUCCUGGCCGCCAGGACUGUCAGAAGAAACCAAGACUGGCAGAGCGACGAGGCCCUCUACCGCGCCGGUGUCACCGUCAAUCCACCCAAGG